AUGCUUGUAAACCGAUAUUGUGCAAGAACUUUAUUGUCCUGUUCCUUAGUUUUGACUCAACUACCUCGGUUAUUCACGACUACUUCUGCCUUAAAUAUGUCUCAGCAAGACUCAGUUACAGCUCGUGUCGUCUUUGUCACAUGCCCGGACGAGGCUGUGGCAAAAAGAUUAUCAAGAGGGUUGGUCGAAGACCAACUCGCGGCUUGUGUAAAUGUUAUCCAUGGGGUAACAUCACUUUAUUGGUGGGAUGGAAAAAUUGAAGAGACCACGGAACAAAUGCUAGUAAUCAAAACAGAAGAAAAACAUGUUCGUGAACUUACAGAUUAUGUCAACAGCAAACAUGGCUAUGAGGUCCCAGAGGUCAUUUCAAUCAAGAUCGAUAAAGGUAGUGCCAGAUACCUUGAUUGGAUCAAGGAUAGUGUGAAACCUUAA